AUGAACAAAGAUAAGAUAGUACAAAGUUCUUUAAGAGUUUUGAAAUACUUUGUUUACUCAAUUUUAAAUGGAGGAUUGGUUUUUUCAACUUCAACUGUUUCUUGUUUGAUAUCUCCGUUUAUGUACAUAAAAACUGGUAUGUCGAUAUCCACCAUAUCAUUGAUAUUUGGAGGGAUUAUACCAUUGAUUGUGUCAUUUAUACAGCCGAUAUUUGGUCUUUUGUCCGACAUUUUCCCAAUCAAAAGAUUCAAAAGAAGAUUUUUUAUUGUUAUUGGCAGUAUUAUUGCAAUUAUUCUAUUGCCAUUUGUUUCGUAUUCUGACUCAAUAGGCAUUGCUUUGGGAGAUACAAAAGGCACACUUUCAAACUCAACAAAUUCAUCUUCUGCAACAGAAAACGACAUGAUAAUCAGUCAAGUACUUGGUGUCAUUUUCAUAUCAUUUUCUAGCACUUCAGUUGUAAUUGUUCAAAACAUGGACAGAGCUUUAAUAGUAGACAACAUAGAGUCAGAGUAUCAACACAAUGCAAAUUCU